AUGUACACCAGUACCCUCGUAUCCGCAAUCAUCCUGGCCGGCCAGGUCCUCAACGUAGCAGCUCUGCCUGCUACCACAAUAACCCUCCACAGCACUAUAACCAGCACCACAGUCGUGCCUGCCACGACUGACGCUGCUGGUUUCAGCGAUGCUGCGUCUGAGCAAGCUACAAAGACUACUGUUACGGUGACGGAGACUCAGGGGAUACCUUAUCCUGUUCUUAUUACUGUGACUGAGUUUUAUUGUCCUCACUCCACAGCUGACGUUGCUUCCAGCACUUCUGCUGUUUCGUCGGAUAAGACAUCGGCGAUUGUUUCGAGCACUGCUGCUCCUGCAUCUUCGAGUACAAAGCCGUCUUCUGAGACAAAGUCCUCUCCUACCCCGGCGACUACUACAAAGGCUUGCGUUUUCCCGAUCCCUGGCUAA